CUUGACCACUGAUUGGUUGUAAGUUGCAUUUUGUGUGUUUAUUUGGAAAAUAAUGUAAUCACUGUGACUUUACCUCUGUUACAUAACAGGUGAAACAUAUACAUAUGGUUUUUCAAAUUUUUCUUAUCUUUUUUCCUUAUGCUUCCAACUCCCCCUUAUUUUUAUUCGAUGCUCCCCAAUUGCACUUGAGGCUACUACCCCCCAUUGGUCCAGCACUUCCCGUGGGGUGGUAUCGCCCACUUUGGGAAACUCUGAAAGAGACAAUAAAGCCCCUUUGCAAACUUUAAAUGUGAGCCAUUGAGUUCUCUGAAAGAACAGACUGUUUGUUUUUGUCUUUACAUCUCCAGAGCCUAGUACAGUACCCUGCAUGUAGUACACGCUUGAAAAAAAAUUCUGAAUUGAAUGGAAUUGAAUGACCUCCAGAGCUUCUCCCUCACCGGUAUGUACCUGGGGAGGAGGAAGUACCCAGGGAUGGAGGGCCAGAGGCCAUCCACCGCAAGAGAGGAGAACAAACAAGGAAAAGAGGGAGAUAUUGCAGUGAUCUAGGACUUAUUAAUGGGGAACUUUAGUCAGCUGUGAAGGCUAAGAUGGGGUGAUAACCAUCCUGGCAGCGGUCAAAGGGUGGGGGUGAGGGUGGCUACCAAAAAGCCAGGUUAUUGGGCACCAGCUUUACUCCCCGCCCCUCAUUUUCCCCCUGUGCCCAAGCCAGCGCCUUAGAUGGCUCUAUAAAUGCCCCAAUCCCAGCUUUCUCCAGAGACUGCCUGAAAAACCCCUGUCACUCUAGUCCUUCUGUAUCUCUCACAGCCUCCAAGUGGGGCCCCAGCCCAAAGAAUGUGGGAGCUGCGUUCCUUAGCCUUCUCUCGGGCUGUCUGUGCAGAGUUCUUGGCCACACUCCUCUUCGUCUUCUUUGGCCUGGGGUCAGCCCUCGACUGGCCUCAAGCUCAUCCCUCUGUCCUGCAGAUCUCUCUUGCCUUUGGUCUGGCCAUUGGCACCCUGGUGCAAACCUUUAGCCAUGUGAGCGGAGCCCACAUUAACCCAGCUGUGACUGUAGCCUGUCUGGUGGGUUGCCAUGUCUCCUUCCUCCGAGCUAUCUUCUAUGUGGCUGCCCAGAUCCUGGGGGCUGUAGCUGGGGCUGCCCUUCUCCAGGAGCUCACUGCACCUGACAUCCGGGGAGAUCUAGGCAUCAAUGUGUUUCUCCCAUGCAGUGUUACUGGGAUCCACUUUUUGACCCUCUCUGGACUCCUAGAAGAGCUCAGUAACAACACAACUGUUGGCCAAGGUGUCACCAUAGAGCUCUUCUUGACCCUGCAGCUGGUCCUCUGUAUCUUUGCCUCCACUGACGACCGUCGAGAGGACAACGUUGGCUCUCCAGCCCUCUCCAUCGGCUUCUCAGUGGCCUUGGGCCACUUGCUGGGAAUCAACUAUACUGGCUGUUCCAUGAAUCCAGCCCGUUCUCUGGGACCUGCUGUCGUCGUGGGCAAGUUUGAUGACCACUGGGUCUUCUGGGUUGGACCUCUGGUUGGUGCCAUCCUGGGCUCACUCAUCUACAAUUACCUCCUAUUCCCUCAUGCUAAAAGCCUCUCAGAAAGGUUGGCCACUCUGAAGGGGAAAGAGCCAGAUGUCGACUGGGAGGAAAGGGAAGUGAGGAGGAGGCAGUCUGUGGAACUCCACUCCCCCCAGAGCCUGCCUCGAGGCAGCAAAGCCUGAUGAUGUUCCUUUGGCCCCACACCAGGCCCUCUGGGGCAAAGAGAAUGAACCCCAGAGAUAGAGAAGCUAGGGGAACCUGGAGCUGUUGACUGUGGGGGUCAGAGCUUAUGCCCUGGACUGGACGGGGUCUCCCACCCACACACACACUACUGUGCCUCUCUUCCAUAUCCGGACAGGAGACAACCUGCCUGUUCCCACCUACAUUCUCAUCCUUCCAAGGAUGGAAGUUGGCCCCAGUACAGGAUCCGAAACAGGUUCCUGUACCUGUGAUGCAGUGGGUGACCCCUGCACAGGAUACAUAUUGGGGGGAGGGGAGCAGCAGGUACUGGUAGGUGUAAGAAGAAGGACUGG